AAUACGUAACUGACAUCUGUUUAAGUAAAACCGUGUGUGCAAAGAAUAAUCAUAAAGAGGCAUUAUGGAAGCUAGUAAAUACACUUUACGAAGCAAUUAUCUCUAAUGAACCUGAAAAGCACCCACUGUUUGAGAUCUCUAGUCAACUAACACCUGCUGGAUAUGAACACAUGUUUAAUU